AUGAAUAACGCAAACAAUAAUUUACAUUAUUAACAACAUUUGUAAUCUCUUAAUUAUGGACUAAAACAGGCAUGGAGAAAAAGAAGUAGCGAAAAACAAACUUGACAAAGAAGAAAAUAGAAAGGAAUUGCGAAUAAAGGAGAGAAGAGAGAGAGAGAGAGGAAAAGACAAUUUUUUUUAUAUAUCAUUUUCGUUUGUGUAAUGUUGUAUAUAAACCCAGCCCUUUUCCAGCAAAUACACAGUACCCAUUUUCAUUUUUUUAAUUAUAUAUUGUUUGGCCGUUUACUCUGCGUUUUUCUUAUGUCUCUUUUUUCAGUCUUGGUUUUUGUUUAUUGCAAUAAAAUAUUCUCAGCUCUGAUGGACUUAAAACAGACUUUGACAGUGGAGCAAAUCUAGAGUAUUCUUUCUCUCUCUCAUUUGUUUACUCCCUUAGGCUGUCCAAAACAGGACACCCAUAUCAAACUGAAGCAUUGUAAAACUGAUUUUUGAAGCUUUCUGGAAGUGGGUUCUUGAGUUCAUCCAUCAGUGUAUCCGAGGUAGUACUAUUGUGCUGUUGCUCGUUCUUUUCUUUCUUUCUUUUUUUUUUCUUUUGGUUUAAAAACAGAGGAUUAGUAAAAGAGAGUUAAAUAAAAAAGUUGCCCUUUAUGGUUAUUAUAAUGAGGGACUUUCCUUCUUGUUUUGGUGAAAGCGGUGUUCAAGUAGCUGAUUCAUCAUCUUCAAGUGCAGCUAAAGCUGCUCAAAACUUGGUUACUUGUGUUUAUCAGUUUCAAUUACACGGUCGAUCGUGUUUAAUCACGGUUACAUGGACCAAGAAUCUGAUGGGUCAAGGCCUUGGUGUUGCUAUUGAUGAUUCAGCCAAUCAAUGUUUGUGUAAAGUUGACAUAAAGCCCUGGUUGUUCUCUAAGAGAAAAGGAUCGAAGACUAUAGAUGUAGAUUCUGGUAAAAUUGAUAUAUGUUGGGACUUGUCUAAUGCUAGAUUUGGUUCCGGGCCAGAACCAGUUGAAGGGUUUUACCUGGCUGUUGCAUUUGACCAGGAAAUGGUGCUGCAUCUUGGAGAUUUGAAGAAGGAAGCAUCUAAGAAGAUUAACAUUAGCAGUACUCCUCUUAGUUCCGAUGCUGUUUUCAUUGCAAAAAGAGAGCAUAUUUUUGGGAAGAAGUUUUAUGGUGCCAAGGCUCAGUUUUGUGACAAGGGACCUAUUCACGAUGUUGUAAUCGAGUGCGACCCCUUCGAUCUUAAGGAUCCAUGCCUUGUUAUCCGCAUUGAUAGUAAAACAGUGAUGCAGGUGAAGCGGCUCAAUUGGAAGUUCCGCGGCAACCAUACCAUUUUGGUGGAUGGACUUCCGGUGGAAGUGUUCUGGGAUGUGCACAACUGGCUAUUUGGCAAUGCUAUGGGCAAUGCUGUUUUCAUGUUUCAAAGUUGCAUCUCUGCAGAGAAGUUGUGGACUGGCGACUCUGCAUUUGAUCCAUCUCUAUUGACAUGGUCUUCCUCUCAAAAGCUUAAAGAUCAUCACCAAGUACAGGGUCUUGGCUUUUCAUUAAUAUUGUAUGCUUGGAAGCAUGAAUAGAAGUGUAAAUUUUUUUUCUCACUAGUGAGAUGUAGAAAAUACCUUCUACUAUGAUUUUUCAUUGAUGGGAUUGAAAUAUGGUACAUGCAACAUAAGAGGUGUGGUUCA